AUGCUCGCUUUGAAAGACCAAGUUUGUCGUUACUCUGAGCAGCACAAAUCGGCCUCCACCGCAGAUAUUUUCACUGCAGAUGCGAUCGAAAACGUUCCGAAUUUCCCAAGUGUUUAUUUUCUCGAUAGAGAUGUAUUCGACAACUCGAAAAUUGGGCUACCGUCAAUAGAGAUACGGCUGGCUCCUGUUGUGCUGGAAGCGCUCCAGGAUACCACCGACAUCUCCACUAAAUACUUCUCAUGGGUUCAUCUAUGGAUGCCAAUUAUCUCGAUGGCAAGGUGGAAAAAUGAACUUACUGGUCCUCUCUCCAGGCCGAGGGCGGACGUAAAUAUUCUCGCCCUAUCCAUGAAACUCGUAUUGUGGGCUCCAGGAGAAGACCCACAUUCGAGGAACCCAAGACAUCAUGAGUAUCUCACACUGAAAUCUGUCUUCCUUCGGGCAGAGACAGCUGGUAUGUUCUCAUUGCAGUUGCUGCAGGCUCUCAUUUUGUUGACUAUAUACGAAUAUUCGCAUGCAAUUUAUCCGGCGGCCUACGUAUCUGUGGGAACAUGCGUGAGAUACGGGCUGGCCCUAGGGAUAGACAAACAACGUCAAGUUGAGAUUGACGCAAAGAAUUUGGACCUCGAAGAACAAGAAGAGAAAAGGCGGGUUUGGUGGGCUAUAAUCAUCCUUGAUCGCAUCAUCUCAAGGUCGGCUACGAGUCCGGAACCUAGACCUGACGACCUUCUACCAGUUCACGACAAGGAUUGGGACGAUGGAAAUAUCAACGCUGAUCGUAUCUACCCUGUCUCGGCACCUGCAAGCACAAAUAUGGGAAUGCUCGCUCGCCUAGCACAAUCGGCCUAUCUGCUAGGCCGAGUGUAUCGAUGGCAAUUCCAUCCAACAGGCAAUGCCCAGUUUGAUGGGGAGGAACAGUUUCAGCUGGAUCGUGCGUUGCGAGCUCUGCUUAAUCUCACCUAUCUUGAAGGCGCCACCAGACUGAUGCCAAUCUGUCCACAAACAGCGCUCUGCUUCAGCGCGCUGAUAAUCCUCCAUUCGCAGCCUGGCCGCAUCUCCCCGGUCGUGCCCAACUUUGGGGCAGCUAUGUCGUUACAGACGACGCCAUACCAGCGACAUGCCGCAAUCGCCGAGGUUCUACAAUUCCUUAGGCCCAUUGCCCAAGAGUCAACAAGAAGUACGGCAAUGUUUUUCAGGAAAAAACCAUGGUCCAUCGAGAAGUCCUCCCCUCUUCUCAUACACUGGACCUAUCUUAUCGCUGUAACCUAUCUGAGAAUCAAAAUCUUGCUCCGAGCGAUGUCUGAUCCGAAAUCUGCCGGCACCUAUCACGAUCAAGGUGUUACCGAAUUGGUGGCGCAGGCGGAACAUGGACUGGACACUAUGAAGCAAAAGCUCAGGCUGCUGGGAAAACAGUGGGUGUCCGUGGAUGAGAAUCUGCGCGCACUGGAGGCCAGGGAAGUGGCAAGCAUGUUAUAA